AGUCAGCGUCAGAGACCAGUGUGGCAAGCGCUGCCAAGUAACUUGCCGCGCUCGGCAUAAGCUUACUUGACUUAACGUCUUAACUACUUAAACAAACGAAUACUCCUUCGUGAAAUUAUUGUUUUAGUUUAAAAAAUGAAGUUAGUAGUGUGUUUUGCCUUGCUAUGGAAUUACGCACAUUCGUCCUGCCGUACGCCACUAGGAGUUGAAAGCGAGUGCGUGUCUUUAUACAACUGUCAGCCACUAUUGUCAGCCUUCGAGCAACGUCCGCUGCCCGGGAACGUGGUCAGCUUCCUGAGGCAGUCUUCAUGUGGGUUCGAUGGUUACGAGCCCAAAGUGUGCUGCGGGCCUUUGCCUUCUCAGCAGCAGCAACCGGCUCAACCUACGCAAAGACCUAGACCAACGCGCCCACCCAGUUCCAACAACGGUCAGGCUCCUGUAGAGGAUGAGGAUUCAUCUCCUUCUCCCAGCGGCGAAUGCGGCGUUGACACCAAUGGAGACCGAAUCUAUGGCGGCCAGUUCACCGACCUUGAUGAGUUCCCAUGGAUGGCUUUAUUGGGGUACAGAACCCCUAACAGAACUAUAACGUACCAAUGCGGCGGAGUCCUGAUCAACCAUCGGUACGUGUUGACCGCGGCACAUUGCGUCACUGGCGCCAUCAACCGCGAAGUAGGCACGCUUGCCACCAUUCGGCUUGGCGAGUAUGACACUGAGAGCGACGUGGACUGCGUGGACAACUCGUGCGCAGAUCCACCGCAGGAGAUACCGGUGCAAGCCGGCCUUCCGCACCCCGGCUACCACGACAAGAACAAGAACAGGGCGGACGAUAUCGCUCUAGUUCGGCUGGCUCAACGGGCUAAAUAUACUUAUUACGUGCAGCCCAUCUGCCUGCCGGACGGCCGGACGCGGUUGGCGGUGGGCAAUGACGUUUACGUCGCCGGCUGGGGAAAAACCUUAAACGGACGCAACAGCCCAAUCAAGCUGAAACUGAAGCUACCCAUUUUCGAAAAGAAAAAUUGUAUUCAAAAGUACCGCACAUUGGGUGCCGAGCUCGGAGACAAGCAAAUUUGUGCUGGAGGGGUGUUCUCCGAAGACGCGUGCCGAGGUGACUCCGGAGGCCCUCUUAUGAGAGCCAAGAGCAAGGGAGUGUAUGAGUCCGUCGCCGUAGUGUCCUUCGGUUAUGGCUGCGGCAGGGACGGGUGGCCCGGAGUCUACACUUCUGUGGCAAGUUACAUAGACUGGAUUCGUUCUACGAUGCGAGAAAAUAAUGCUUAGAUGACGUAUGAUUGUUAAAAUAUGUAAAUUGUAAAUUUUGGAAAUGCAGUCAGUAUGACUUCAAUUAACUAUACGUAUACGUACCUAUUGAAUGUACGAACUGUGUUCGUUUGAGUGUGAAUGACGAACGUUUACGCAUUAAUCUCAAAUUGUGAUAAUAUUUAGUGAAUCUUAAAUAAUUUGACUAUUAAGAAUCAAUUGCAAUUUGGUAAAUUUAAAAUAGUUUUCAUAGAUCGAAGAUAGGUACUUUUCUAAAUAUCAAUACAUGAUACACCUGACUGGCUUCUUGUUUUGGUUUUUAGUAAUAAGAACCAUAAUUAACUUACGCAAUCAGACAAUAUGAAUAAAAAUAAAUCGUUGUUUAAAAUAUAUGACGUAAAAUUAGGUAUUCUUCAAAUUUAUUGAUAUGCCUCUAGUAGAUGUUAUAGAUGUUUAAGUACCUACUUUAUGAUUUAUGUAAUAUAUAUUAUUAUACUUAAGAUUAUACUCCAAGACAUACAUUUAUUUAGCGGUUUAGUGCAUGCAACCCCGACUCGGGAUUGCAAAUUCGAGAUCCCGCGGGAUUAGAAAUAUCAAUCCCGCGGGAUCCCGGAAUUUUCGGAAUCCCGAGUAGAUUAAAAAAAAAGUAAAAUUCGAUUGAAUUAAAACGAUAAUAACGGCAUGUUUGUGAUGGUGACGGUAGAUAAAAUAUUAAUAGACAGAAAUAA